ACUGCUCCCCAUUGCCAUAGCGACCCUCAUAAUAAACACCAUCGAUACCGAGUGCGUUCACGAGAACCUUCGCGAGAGCUUUUCUGUAGCGUGCAGAAGCUACAGCUAGUGUCCUGAUUUCGAAGAAAUUCGCGCUUUAUUGGAUACGGAGAAAAGGUAUACUACACGCAAGUCAUGGCUUGUACUCAGAGAACAAAUAAAGAAAUCCAGAUGAAAUCGAGACAGGCACUUCAGAAAGCAACAGACCCGUUAGAGAGGCUGCAGUUAGCGUGUAUGUCCAGAGGAGCCACUGGCAUUAAAGGAUUAGCCAGAAAGUUCAAGAUCAUGGAUGACGAUGGUAACAGAUCCAUUGAUUUCAAGGAAUUUGUGAAGGGCCUCAGAGAGUAUGGUUUGACAGAACUGAGCAAUGAAAACAUGAAAGAAUUGUUUGAACAGUUUGAUAAAAAUGGAAAUGGCACCAUUGACUUUGAUGAAUUUCUUGAAAAACUGAGGCCACCCAUGAACAAGCAUCGAAAAGACCUCAUAUUCCAGGCGUUUCAAAAGUUAGACAAGACCGGUGAUGGAGUGAUCACAGUAGAAGACCUCAGAGGUGUCUACAGUGUUAAAAAACACCCCAAGUAUCUCAAUGGAGAGUGGACAGAAGAUCAGUGCCUUCGUACUUUCCUGGAUUCGUUUGACAGCCAAGAUAAAGAUGGAAAGAUCACCCAAGAGGAGUUUGAAAGCUACUAUGGAGGUGUGAGCGCGUGCAUCGAUAGCGACGCAUACUUUGAUCUGAUGAUGCGUACUGCAUGGAAACUGUGAACUGUAGAUACACAGCCUACAUUCACCUACAUUGUAGCACAGUUGUUACCAUCAACCAAACUAGAAUGGGUUGUGAUUUUUGUGGGAGAAAUUCUGAGACAGAAAUAUCAGUGGACUCACAAUAGCUCCAAAAAACUGUGUUUACUUGUAUAGGCCAUUGUCAUUGAUACAUCAUAAAUUAUGCAGCUGAAACUGUAACAUCCAAAGAUAUAUAUAUGUAUUAUUAUACUGUAAUCACUAAUGUUUUGAAAAAUGAGCUGUAAAAUGUAAAGGGCAAACAGUAGUGGAAAGGCUAAACACAAGAAAAUUUAAUAUGAUAGUGUCACUGUGCUGAAGUGGGUGAGCAACAGACCUGAAAGGGUAGCUUCACAAUUUAUACAUGUACAAUAGUCCUAAAAUGAUAGGGUCAAGGAUUUAAGCCAAAUUCUGCAUAUACAAAAGGCAGACCAAAAUUAGCAUACUUUGGAGACACCAUUCCCAAACUAUGAGAUUUUAUUGACUUCAGUGACACUAAAUGUAUAUCGCUGUAAAUAUCAGCAGUUGUAUUGUGGAAGCUUGGACUAGCAAGCAAGAGAAUCUGUGUCGAGAAUUGAAGAGUAACUUAUUUCCAUGGAUGCAUAUCUCACACAUUUAUCAACAUAAUCUCAUGGAGACAAACGUCCGUGGCAUUUCCAUUUGGUCUUGAAAGACAGUGAAACGUUUUCUUUAUGCAGCAAUGUACUCUUUGAAUGUUAAUAACACUGAUAUAAAUUGCUGAUAUUGUACUUUACAUUUUGACUGUUGUGUAGCUUUUCUUCUGUUUGCUUCUUCUAGUUUGUUGAUUUCAUUUCUAGUUUUAGGUUAUCCUUAGAACUUUUUUGAUCGUAUGAGUACAGCCUGAUUGCUUUUAAUAGCUUUUUUAAUCAGUGUUUUUAGAUAGUAGCCUUUUAUAAUUUAGUAUGCUUUAGCAUCAUAUCCUAACAAAAACUUCAUAAACAUUUGACAUAAGUUGCAUCUAGAGAGAUUUUAUAAACUUUUAAUAAACAUCUGAUAAAUCGAUCCCUUUCAAAAGCUUCAAACGAAGACUUAACUAUUUACUGUUGGGUCUACAUGCAUAGUUGAAAAACAUUGACUUGAUCUGAAGAUGCCAAGAAUCUGCUCUGAGCUGUAAAGAUUGACACUUAAUUGUAUAUGAUCUUCUGUUCACAAUGUAAAAUGUUCAAGACUACAUAAAUAUUAAGACAAGGUUCAUAAAGUGUUACACAACUUCCUGUGUAUGGCACCAUUAAUCAGUUAGAGUGUCUUGUGUGGCUGUGAGGUGUACAGCUCAUAGUUUCAGGAAUUUAGCUAUCUUCCAUAUCAGUGUAAAUCUGAACAUAGGUUUAUGUAGUUUUUUUUUUAACAGUAAACAUUCAGACCUUUAAUAAUGGAAUUUUGGAAACUCCUGCUUUGAGAGUUGGGUAGAAAGGAAUCUGGAUUCAGUGAUGAUCACAUUUUGAAAGUCUGCACAAUGUGGACACUCUCCACUUGCCAAAUAUAAUCUUUUCUCAGUCCUCGUGUGCAAGGAAGUAAUUGUUAUGAGCAUUAGGAGAUGAGCCUUCUUGAAAGCAUUUGUGAUGAACUUCAAAUCACUGCAGCUUUAAUUAAUGUGCUAAAGCCUCAGGAACCCAGAUCUGUUUUACUGGUUCUUUAAUUCUUUCCAUUGUCAUGUUAAAACCUGGUCCUGAUGUCAAACUUAACCCCCAUGUGUUCCACAAAAAAAGAAAUUACCUUUGACAAUAUUUUUUCAUUUGAAAUGAAAUCAAAAGUUUAAUUCAUGUAAUUUGAUUAACUUUUGACUUACUGUGGAUGAUCUUUAAGUGUAUAUGAUAGUGUAUUUCAUGGUACUUACAAAUGAGUUAAUUUCUGUUGACAAAACUAAUUUGAUUUAAUAAUUAGGACGUGGUAGGCACCUGGUAGAUAGGCUGUUUAUCUUUAUAACGAGGUUUAUGGUUUAAGGGUCACCUGGCUCUAUGGCUGAAACCUCUCUACACCUGCUCCAGCUCACCCAACAUGUGCAUGGGUAUCUGAUUCAGCAGGGAGGGUACAAAGGUAGCAGCAAAAGUGGGCUGGCUGUCCAUGUCAUCCACUUGGUUGUAGGACUAUUUUCUUUUACAUUAAAUCAUGCAAGUCAUGUUGCUAAGCAUUGGAGAGGUCACAUUACUCUCCAUGCAUGCAUGGAAUAACUUCUUGAAUUACAUCUCAAAAUACACAAUCCUUGGUGGACUGUUUUUGUUUCUAAAGUAAAGAGAUUCAGAGGAAAUGUUUUCCAGCAAUGGUGCAUGCAUAUACCAUGUCACCAUCGUUAGCUGUGGUAGGAAAGAAUGACCUGAUUUGGCUUUAAACUGGUGUCAUAAUAAAAUAUGAGUUCAACAAGAGGAGAUAAUCUUAUGGCCUACUGAAACGAAAUUUGCAGCAUUGUUAUUACAAUCCAGCUGACAGAUUAUAGCCCUAAGGUCACAGCUGGUAUCAUUUCUGUCUAAUAAUGUCUAGGUGACCAUGCAAAAGUUUUGUUUCAGUCUUAUUCUUCCAGAUACAUCUAAAUACUAAAAGCAUUGUUAAGCACUUGGAUAUGUCAUGUACUUAAAAAGUACAUCACCUGAAUGUAAAUACUGUUACAAAUGAAUUUAAAUCAAAAUACUUGUUGGCAUAAGUUUUGAAUGAUUGGUUAUUGCUGUUGGUGAAACAUUACACUGAUUUUUGUUCCACACAAAAAAA